GUCGUCUUCCCACCCACUUCCCCACUCUUCCUCCCUCUAUAUAUACCCCUCUGCAGCUCUGCAUCCUGCACCUGGACGCAGAUCCGCAACGCGUUCAGUGAAAUUCAACCGAGAAACUAAAACCCCAGACUCUUCUUCCUAAGAACUAAUGGCCUCUCCAGCUGUGAAGGAGCACUUGCCCCCGCCGUUGAAUUCCACCGCCGAGCAGCCUCCGCUUUUCGAUGGAACCGCAAGGUUGUACACCAACUACAGUUGCCCUUUUGCCCAGCGUGUUUGGAUUACUAGGAACUACAAGGGAUUACAGGACAAGAUCAAAUUAGUUCCCCUCGACCUUCAAGACAGGCCUGCUUGGUACAAGGAGAAAGUCUACCCGUUGAACAAGGUGCCUGCUCUGGAACACAAUGGAAAAAUAAUUGGGGAGAGUCUGGAUCUGAUCAAAUAUGUCGACAGCAACUUUGAAGGGCCUUCUCUUUUCCCAAAUGAUCCAGCUAAAAAGAAGUUUGGUGAAGAGCUGCUAGCUUAUACCGAUGAGUUCACCAGAAUCGUCUACACUUCAUUUAAGGGAGACCCAGCCAAGGAAGCUGCUCCUGCUUUUGUUCGCUUGGAGAAUGCUCUUCACAAGUUCGAGGAUGGACCUUUCUUCCUUGGCCAGUUUUCCUUGGUGGACAUUGCCUAUAUUGCUUUCAUUGAGAGAUUCCAGAUCUUCUUGUCGGAAGUGUUCAAGUACGACAUAACUGCUGGCAGACCUAAACUGGCAGCGUGGAUUGAGGAGAUGAACAAGAUCGAUGCGUACACUCAGACAAAGACUGACCCCAAAGUGCUAGUCGAGUUCUACAAGAAGCGGUUCCUGGCUCAGCAAUAGAAUCGUGAUGCGGAUGAGGCCAUGCUGUGUGAUUGAAUAAGCGGCUCGAUUGAAUUUUGUGGUCUUUGAUUAACUUAUGAUGUAUCCUGACGAGAUAUAGCCUCGUGGGAUAUUAUACUACAAUAGUCUAUAUCUCAUAAAUAAGAUGGGCACGUCUUUGUUGGUGAAUAUGUCUAGCUUCAUUGCUUUCGGACUCCCAUCUGUUCCAUCUUUCAUUUGGUUGUAAGUUGUAACGUGCAUGAACGAACAAGAGCAGCUGGUCUCUAGAUGAACAUGGAUUUACAUAUGGUUGAACAUACCCA